AUGUAUUGGAGAAAAUUGUUUGGGAGCUCUUCUGACCAAGCCCUAAAGUUCUAUCCUCCGUCUUUCAAAAAUGGAAUUCCCACGAUCUCCCCUCCAUCAGAGAUUCUGGAAGCUGGCAUUUUGGACUGGAAACUCUCCAUUGUGGGUCAAUUCUUAGGACCGGCUCCAAAUUUCAUGACAUUGCAAAGAAUCAUUGAAACCCAAUGGAGAAAGGCGCUGCAAGGUUCUCGUCUACAGGUCAGUAUUGCUGGAACAAAUCUGUAUAUUUUCUCUUUUACUUCAAAAGUAGCUAGAGAUUGGGUCCUUGAAAAUGGACCUUGGCACAUAUUGAACAAGCCUCUCAUACUGAGAAAAUGGGAACCAAACCUUAAACGCCUAAAUUUCAAUUUAACAAAAAUCCCAAUUUGGGUUCACCUGUAUAACGUCCCUUUAGAACUUUUCUCUCAAAUAGGAUUAAGCUAUAUUGCCAGUGGAAUUCGUGUUCCAAUUUCAAUGGAUUCGGUCACUGCAUCCAAAACUAGACUUGAAUUCGCCAAAAUCUGUGUUGAAAUUAGUGUUAACGAUGACAUCCCAAAACACAUUGAUGUAAUACUGCAAGAUGGCAGCACCUCCUCUAUUUUUGUUGAAAUUCCUUGGAUGCCACCUAGAUGCAGAAAAUGUAAAACAUUCGGUCAUAAUGAUAAAAACUGCCUGGUCACGCAAGAAACUGAAGUAAUUGGUGGAAUUAAGUUACUGCAAGACCCUAACAGCACUGAUGCACCAAGAAAAGAAGCUGAAAAAGUGAAUGAAGAUAACUCAGAACUAACUUCUACUGAUAUCCCUGCUGAACCUAAAACUGCAGAAAUAGAUAACAAAGUGAAACUGCCCAACCCUUCUGUUUUAAUAGAAGAUGAUCAUGCUUCAGUCCCCAAACGAGUUGAUGAAAGUUUACCUAUUAUCGAAGGCAGUCAAAAGAAGUCGUGCAUUGCUUCUAAGGGAGUAGCUGAAAUAGUCAAAGAACUCAAAAGCAAAAAGAAGGAAAAAGUGGAACAAUCCAAGAGUUCAAUAGUUGAGGGUGAAGAUAUCCUCUGCUUACUAGAGACUAGAGUUAAAGUUCAAAAUUCCAAGGACAUCAUUGACUCCAAAUUAGCCAAUUGGAAUGUCUGUUCUAAUUAUGAAUGUGCUGUUAAUAGAAGAAUUUGGGUUCUUUGGAAGAAAAGAAUUGACUUAACUAUCAUUCAAGUUACUGAUCAAACCUUAACAGCCAAAGGAGAGUGUUGUGGAAUUCCUUUUGUUAUCUCAACUAUUUAUGGAUGUAAUGAUGGCAUCAUUCGAAGGCAACUUUGGCAUCAGAUGCAAGAGUUGGAUAGAAUGAUUGGUCACCUUCCUUGGAUCUUGGAUGGUUCAACCUCUGAAAUGAAAGAAUUCGAAGAUAUAACUCAAGACUUAGAUCUCCAUGAUCACCCUUUCAUAGGUCCUUUAUUCACUUGGAGUAACAAAAAAGCUGAAACUUACCUUGCAAGGAAGCUUGACAGGGUCCUCAUCAACACCAACUGGGAAUUAUCCUCCAUUGAGGAAGCUGAACUACUGUUUCUGAAGCAAAAAGAAAAGGUGCAAUGGAUCAAAGAAGGCGACAAAUGUUCGAAAUUUUUCCAUUCUGCUGUGGCUGUUAAAAUUAAGAAGGAGACUAUUCAAAUGCUUAUUGAUGAUCAUGGGGCAAGACUUGAAUCCUUUGACUCUAUGGAUGUUGAUGUUUUAUCUUUCUUCACUGAUCUGAUUGGGAAAUCAGAUCCUACGGUCAAGAACAUUGAUAAGAAGCUCCUUAAAGAUAUUCUUAAUUACUCUCUUCCUCAAGAUUCUGCCUCUAGCCUUGUCAAAGUAAUUACUUCGGAAGAAAUCAAAGAAGCAAUUUUUAGCCAAGGCAAUGAUAAGGCUCCGGGACCCGAUGGUUACACUCCAUAUUUCUUCAAAUUUUCUUGGUCCAUUGUUGGUGAGGAUGUGAUCAAUGCUAUCAAAUAUUUUUUCCAGAACUCUUCUCUUCUCCCUGCCUUUAAUGAAACUACCAUUGCCUUGAUUCCUAAAAUGCCUACUCCAAGCAAAGUCAAAGAUUUCAGGCCAAUCUCUUGCUGCUCAGUCAUUUACAUGGCCAUCACCAAGAUUAUUGUCAAAAGACUGUCAAGUCUUAUCUCUGGAAUGGUUUCUCUUAAUCAAACUGCCUUCAUUAAAGGUAGAAGCAUUGUCUGUUGA